AUGUCGUCUUUGCGAAACUCGAUUCAGCGGCGCCCCCAUCGGGAGCGUGCGCAGCCUCUCGAGCGCCGUCGCCUAGGUCUCCUCGAGAAGCACAAGGACUACUCCAAACGUGCAAAGGACUAUAACCAGAAAAAGGCACAGCUCAAGGCCCUCCGCGAAAAGGCUGCGGAUCGCAACGAAGAUGAAUUCUACUUCGGCAUGAUGUCGCGCAAGGGCCCCGGCGCCAAAAUCAAUGUCGGCAGGAAGUGGAACGGAAGAGUCGAGGGCGAUCGCGGGAACAACAAGGGCAUGGACCAGGACACGGUGCGGCUGCUCAAGACACAGGAUCUGGGAUACGUGCGCACGAUGAAGCAGGUCGCCGUGAAGGAGCUGGCGAGGUUGGAGGAGCAAGCUGUCUUGACGAAGGGCUUGGAUCAGCUGGACGAGGAAGAUGACGACGAGGACGACGGUUUUGAUUUUGACGACGAAGAUGAGGGCCCGUCAAGACGGCGGUCAACCUCAAAUGGCCCCCGAAAAAUCGUAUUCCUAGACAACGAAGACGAGCGAGACGAAGCCCUACAAGCAGCCGAAGACGAAUCCUCGAAAAGAGAAGACCAACAAGACGCAUUCGAAAGAUCAGAGAACCUCCGCGAGCUCAAGCGCAAGCUGGAGCACUCACGCAAAAAGGUCAAGUCGCUCAUGACCGCCGAGACCCAGCUCGAGGUCCAGCGCGCCAAGAUGGCCAAGACGGCGACAUCGGGCGGAGCGACGAGGAGAGGGAAGAAGAUUAUGGUGCGGAAGAGGAAGAGGUAG